UAUUUCUUUAACAAUAGUGGACCCUUUUAUAUGAAGAUCAUUCCAUUCUUGGAUAUUAUUAUAAACAUCAGCCACCAAAUCUCUAACAACUCGGGGAAGUCCAGUUAAAUUUUUUUGGGGAGACACCUGAGCUGGACUUUCAUGCACUAAAAUAAAACAAUUCAUUUACACAAAAUUUCCUAUAGUCACAUACCUACAAAUAACAGACGAAAAUCCACAAAUUGAAGAAUUACUGGGUCUUUUAGGAGUCUUGUCACUCAUGUUUGAAACAUAACCUCACAAAAUUAAGACGGAAUGUUGUGACUUUAAUCACUUCCUUUUGGCAGCCCCCUUUUAUUUCAAACUAAAAAAUGUCUGUUUUCUGGACAUACCGUUUAAAAAAUUCCAUUGGAAGAAGAAUAAAAUUAUUUGCAUUGAGCAGUGGCAGGAAAAAUGUUCGCCGAUUGUCACAAAAAGUGAAAGAAACAGAAAGUGAUAAUGCGUUCAUUCCCUUUAUGGAUGUUUUAAAAUUUCGGCGGAAUGAGGCUAGAAGGAGUAUUUUAGUGCAAGUCCAGUCAGCACAGUCUUUUAAAGAAUUGCAUUCUUAUUGUAAUUCCGUGGGAAAUAUAAAGCAAAUGUUACACUACACAGUUGGGGUUGAACCAUUGAAUUUUAUUGUAGUGGAGUUUGCGUCAGAAGAAGAUGUAACAAAUGUUCUUGAAAGGAGUUCCUAUGUGGAAGACACUCAAGUCGUCCCUGUUCAGUCACAAUUUCUGUGGUUUAGGGCUUCGAAUAGGAAACUCCCGAAAUUAAAGCAAAGCAAAAGUGCCAUUUUAAAUACUGAAAAUGGUAAUCAGUGUAUGAAAUCACCUGAAAUAAUGAAUUUGUUACGCAACUGUGAUUCAGUGUCGGAGCAAAUGAAUGUUCUUUAUAAUUCAACUAAAUUAAACGAUCUUGGAACAAGAUUAAGAUUUCUAACAGCGAGGCAAGUCGAAAAUGCCGUCAGAGGAAUGUUUCCUAAAGCCAGAGCGUAUCCUUUUGGGUCCUCAGUCAACGGAUAUGGAAAAAUGGGUUGCGAUCUAGACCUUGUCUUAAGAUUAUGUGACGAUAAGAUCAAAAAUGAUGCCAGACUGAUGUUUCACUGCAAGGGUUUAGUGGGGUCUGAGAGAACCGCUUCACAGAGAAAUAUGGAAGCGAUUGGCGACUUACUGCAAUUAUUUCUACCAGGUUGUUCACAAGUUCGCCGAAUCCUGCAAGCUAGGGUUCCUAUAAUAAAAUAUUAUCAGCAACUCACAGAUGUUGAAUGUGAUCUAUCAAUGUCUAACAUGUCUGGAGUCCACAUGUCCGAUUUUCUGUACAUUAUGGGAUCCUUAGACCCCAGAAUUCGCCCUUUAAUUUUCACCAUUCGUAAGUGGGCGUCUGAAGUAGGUUUAACAAAUUCAAGUCCUGGCCGAUGGAUCACGAACUUCUCCCUCACACUGCUCGUACUUGCAUUUUUGCAAAAACCAAUAAAUUCGAAACCAAUUCUUCCAUCAUUAAACACUCUAGUGAAGUUGGCUGAACCUAAUGACUUUUACGUGACUGAAGACGGCAUAAAUUGUACUUUUCUCAGAGAUAUCACCAAGCUGAAAAUACCAAACGGAAACAAUGAAAGUUUAGAGUCACUUCUGAUAGAGUUUUUUGAAUUUUAUUCGCAAUUUGAUUUUGCGUCUAAGGCUGUGUGUUUGAAUGAAUCGGUUGCGAUUACGAAACCGGAACACUGCGCUUUGUAUAUUGUGAAUCCUCUUGAACGAGGAUUGAAUGUUAGUAAAAAUGUCAGUAUUGAAGAACUAGACAGGUUUCGAGUUGAAGCAAGAAACGCAGCUUGGGUUCUAGAGUCGCAGGAAAACAAAAGUGAAAAUUGGGGCAUUUUGUCGAUUUUUGAAAACAAAAAGAAGUCCAAUAGUGUACUAAAUUUUGCGUUUUCUAGUAAACAUGGACGAUUGGUGGAGGUUAGUACUUUAUUUGAGGAAAAUACAGACAAACCUAUUCAGUAUAAAAACGCCUCUGUAAAGAAACAAAUAGAGAAUAUAAAAAAUGACACAAAAGAUAAACUGAAAGAAAUACAAAAAAUAAACAGGUAACAGACUUUAUAACAACUGUAUUUUUAAGUAAUAUGUAUAGCAAGCAUAUACAUUUUGUAAUUAAAAUCUUUGAAAUA